GUCCAUCGUAUUGUCAGAUGUGCAAAUGAAUAGUUCGCGUCUAAUUAGCCGGUUUGGCGGGCAUUUGGGGAGCGUCUUCAAUCAGGCUCGGUUCGUUCAGUUGCUUCUGUGUCCGAUUACUUCAAUUCCUACAACUGCAGUGCCGUUAUCCCGAUUUAGCAAGAUGGUCAACGAUUCCCAAGUGUGCCUGCGAUUCGCUCGCCUCUCAGACAAGGCUCAUGUCCCAGUAAAGGGCUCGGCUAAGGCGGCAGGAUUCGAUUUAAAGAGUGCCUACGACUAUGUCAUCCCUGCCCACGGUAAGGAAAUUGUUAAGACCGAUAUACAGGUCCAAUUGCCCGAGGGAUGCUACGGGCGUGUGGCCCCACGCUCUGGCCUGGCUGCCAAGAAUUUCAUCGACGUGGGUGCCGGCGUUAUUGAUGAGGAUUAUCGAGGUAACGUAGGAGUUGUCCUGUUUAAUCAUUCCGACAAGGAUUUCGAGGUGAAAAGUGGUGAUCGCGUCGCUCAGCUGAUCUGCGAAAGGAUCUUCUAUCCCACUUUGGUGGAGGAGAAGUCACUGGAUAAGACUCCACGUGGCGAAGGAGGUUUCGGAUCAACGGGAACUAACUGAUUUCGUCCUAGCACGUAGCGAGUAAGAUUUUUGAAUUUGUAUUAAGUUUCGUUUGUCUUUUUUAUAUGUUAGCUAAUAAUGGAGCAUUGUUGAGUAUUCAUUUGA